AUGGCUCCCUCCGGGAUAGUCCUCCUCUUUGCGAUCUUCGCCUUCUCGUACUUCGGAGGCAUCGGGGGCCAAGGAAAUGGCACAACCACAGGAGGAGGAAAUGGAACAGCAACGAAUGGGACUUCCGGGAAUGGCACAUCUUCAGGAAAUGGCACCUCAAAUGGCACUACAGGAGGAAACCGUACGGCGAAUGCCACCACACCGGCUCCAACUACUCUUCCUCCUCCCACACCCGUACCACCAGUCAACACCACCGCUGCUCCUAAUGCUUCUCAAGUGGUGAACUGUGACAGCGCGCAGCUGCCGGUAACAAUAAGGCAAAGAUUCCUCGACCAAGCACAACUUGCGCAGAGGCAGCUUGGCGAGAGGACAGAGUGA